UUUUCUAGUCUGUCUCUCUUGAGAGCUCUGCGGGUCCCCAUCAAAACACCCAAGAAGAAAUGGCCUUAAAUGGAGUCCUGAUGUUAGAAAUUUUCUUCAUGGCUAUCCUGAUGAGCCCUCAGGAGUCAUGGGCUAUCAAAGAGGAACAUAAGAUCAUCCAGGCGGAGUUCUAUCUGCUUCCUGACCAAAGAGGAGAAUUCAUGUUUGACUUUGAUGGUGAUGAGAUUUUUCAUGUGGAUAUAGCAAAGAAAGAGACAGUUUGGAGGCUUAAAGAAUUCGGACAGUUUGCCAGCUUUGAAGCUCAGGGUGCCUUGGACAACAUAGCUGUGGACAAAGCCAACCUGGACAUCCUGAUGAAGCGCUCCAACUACACUCCAGAUGCCAAUGUGCCUCCAGAGGUGACCGUGCUGUCCAGCAGCCCCGCAGAAGCAGGGGAGCCCAACGUCCUCAUCUGUUUCGUCGACAAGUUCUCUCCUCCAGCAGUCAACGUCACCUGGCUGAAAAACAGCAAACCGGUUACCACGGGGGUAUCAGAGACAGUCUUCCUGCCCAGGAAUGACAACCUUUUCCGCAAAUUCUACUACUUACCCUUCCUGCCCUCCAUGGAAGACUUUUAUGACUGCAAGGUGGAGCACUGGGGGCUGGAUAAACCUCUUCUCAAGCACUGGGAGUUGGACCAGCCAGCUCCCCUCUCAGAAACCACAGAGAAUGUCGUGUGUGCCCUGGGCCUGAUUGUGGGUCUGGUGGGCAUCGUUGUUGGAACCAUUUUUAUCAUCAAGGGUGUACACAAAGGCAAUAAACAACGCCGAGGACCUCUGUGAGACCUAUGGAGGUAAAACCUACCUUAGAGGUUCAGUGAAGAAAUUUCUGCUUUCAAAGCUUUCCGAAGCUGAUAAAUGUCCAGCUGUUCGCAUCACUGAAAAUAGGUAUCUUCAGCAUUUUCUAAGCCCUAAACAUCAAGAGUAGAGAUGUCUUCCCCACUCUCAUCCUAGCCUAACAGAGAACUGGGUGCUUGUCCACCAUGGCUUCCCUUGUCUGCUCUCCCUCUAUCUCCUUUCAUUUUAUCAUUGCCAUGUAAUUCCUCUCUGAUAAAUUCCAUAAUGUCUGUCUCCAAUAUGGGACAUGCUGAGCAUUACAUGGAGAAAACUUGCAUGCAUUUCUCUGAAUUAUGAUUUGUCUACCUGCAAUAAACUUUUUUUUGUGGUGUUUUUUUCA